AUGGCCUUCUUAUCAAAAGCCAUUCUGGCCGUUUUGGUCUUGACCGCCACGGCUGUCCUGCUUCCAAAGCUAACAGGCUCUCUCCUCGGGUUGAUCUUUCGGGGAGUGGGCUGGUUGAUCUGGCGACGAACCCGGUCUCGCCGCGAAUACGUGAUCGCGCGGGCGCGAUCAGAGGAAGAAGAAUUACGCGCUUCGUCACCAAAGGCUUCAACGACUUCACCAUCGCGGAACGGUGCUGAAGAUGAGGACUGGGAGAAGGUGGACAGCUCUGGUCCAAGCGGGGUUCAGACCGCAACGAGCAGCGAGAACAGCAGUAAUGCCGGGGACAACACCCAUAGCUCAGAUAAUUGGGAUGGUAUAAUUGGUUUCUUCCACCCAUUCUGCAACGCCGGUGGCGGUGGUGAACGAGUCUUGUGGGAAGCAGUUCGCGCAACCCAAAGACGCUGGCCGAAGGCAAUCUGCGCCAUUUAUACGGGCGAUCACGAAGUCAACAAGGCCGCUAUGCUGGAGCGAGUGGAACAUCGGUUCAACAUCCAACUACACGCCCCGACUGUGGUACUACUGUAUCUCACGACCCGCAAGUAUGUUGUCAGUAGCUCAUAUCCCUACAUGACUUUGCUCGGACAGUCACUAGGCUCGCUGGUCGUGGCCUAUGAUGCCUUCACGCUCCUUGUCCCCGAUGUUUUUGUUGACACUAUGGGCUACGCAUUCACACUUGCAUUCUGCAAAUGGCUGUUCCCCACAGUACCAGUCGGAGCCUACGUUCAUUAUCCUACUAUUUCGACCGACAUGCUGGCUUCUCUUGACGACGAAAGUGGAGUCCAAGGUAUCAACUCCGGUGCUGGUAAAGGGCUCAAAGGAACGAUCAAACGCCAUUACUGGGAGAUGUUUGCCAAGAUCUAUGGAUGGGUUGGUCGGCAAGUUGACGUGGUAAUGUGCAACUCCUCCUGGACAGCCGCGCAUAUCCGCACACUCUGGGGAACCGGGAACAAAACUAGUUCUAGCACUGGUGGCGGAACUGCCUCAUCGCCGGCAGUAGUGUUUCCCCCAACAGCAGUCUCAGAGUUGGAAUCCACCAUCACAGUUGACGAGGAGAGCGAAAAGUCUCGUGAGCCCGUAUUGCUUUACAUUGCCCAAUUCCGACCUGAAAAGAACCACCCACUGGUUUUGCGGUCAUUCGCGCGCUUCUUGCAAGAGAGAUCUAGCAACCCAGCCUACGCAGGCCAACCGCAACCACGCCUCGUCCUCAUCGGAUCCGUCCGUCACGCUAGCCCCGACGAAACACAUAUCUACAACCUGCGUCUUUUGGCCCACGAACUCCGCAUCCGCGAUCAAACUACAUUCGUGUGUGAUGCCAGCUGGCCUGCCAUGCUAUCUCACCUCGCUACCGCUUCUGUCGGCGUCAACGGCAUGUGGAAUGAGCACUUUGGCAUCUGUGUCGUUGAAUACCAGGCAGCUGGUCUCAUCUGCGUGACCCAUGACUCUGGUGGUCCACGCGAAGACAUUGUUAUCGAUCUUGGGGACGGAGCGACUGGUUUCCGAGCUGAGACCGAGGAGCAAUUCGCUGCUUCUUUUGAGGCGGCACUCGCCUUGCCUGAGGAAGAGAAGGUCGCCAUGCGGCUGCGGGCACGUCGCUCAGCUUUGCGGUUUACCGAAGAAGAGUUCUCUCGCAAAUGGCUUGAUCAGGUGCAGAAGCUCGUCAAGGCGACCAAGUAG